AUGGAUUACCAAAUAAACCCAUAUAACACGCAGCCAGACAUCGUCGUUCUUGAGAACCUCAUCCAAGAUGUCAGGACUGACACUCGUGGCAACCCGUGCGCGGAGAAGGACAAGAUCCCACCAGAAUUGAUUGAGAAACACUCCGACCAAGAAAAAGGAGAGUUUGACCAUGACAAGCAAUCCAUUGCCCUCCUAAAGGCAUACAACAACCCGGAGCGCAUCGAAUUUGCACCCACUGUCUUCACAUCAUGGGACGACAAGGACCUCCCUGGAUGGGUCAACAGCUACAUCGUGAAGCCGUACACUCGCCUGGCCACGCGAAUCGUGCGGCAUCCGACAGAUGUGGUGUUCCUUACGCAUAUCCUGCAGUACAUGACCAUCAACCUGGGGAGCGCAGUCUGCCUCUACCUGAACUUCUCGUACAUCCAUGGACUACUGCAUACGGUCUACACAGUCUGGUGCGCCGGCUCCUUCACCCUGGUAAUGCAUCAGCACAUCCAUGGUAACGGUGUUCUCUCAAAGGACUGGGCCUGGCUGGACUGGAGCUUCCCGUAUGUCCUGGAACCGCUCAUGGGGCAUACUUGGGACUCGUACUACUACCACCACACUAAGCACCACCACGUUGAGAGCAACGGUCCGGACGAUCUGUCCUCUACGAUCCGGUAUCAGCGCGAUGAUGUUCUGCAUUUCCUGCAUUAUUACCUCCGCUUUCUACUUUUCUGUUGGGCGGAGCUGCCAUUGUACUUUAUCAAAAAGGGCAAAACCAAUCUGGCACUGCGCGCCUUCUGCUCCGAAAUGGCCAGUUACGUCUUUCUCUACUGCAUGACCAAGCUGAACCCAAGGGCGAGCACAUUUGUGCUUCUGCUGCCCUUCGCUUUGCUGCGUUUUGCUCUUAUGAGCAACCGCUUCUGCUUCAACGAUGGAUACCAUACCGCGCACCAUCUCAACCCCAGACGGCACUGGCGCGAACAUCCAGUGCACUUCCUGCAGUCUAAAGCGGCGUACCGGAACGGAAGAGCGCUGGUCUUCCACGACAUUGACUAUCUCAUGAUGACCGUCAGGCUGCUACGGAAGGACUACAUGCAUCUCGCUGGCCGCCUCGUACCCAUGGGCGAUCAGAUCGGCAUGAGUCAGGUUGAGAUUGCGGAGAUGCUUCGUCGGAAGACGAGAAGAUUUACGGAAGAAGAGAUCCAGAGCAAGUUCAGAUGA